UACAACGUGGAAUUGGGCUAUACUACUAUAACAAAACCAGUAAGGUAGGUAAAUAGACGACGUUCGGUACGGUACCGUUCUUGGCGUAUUAAUAUAUUUUUGUAUUUGUAUAAGUAGCCUAUUGUGUUUCUUUAUUUUUGUAGCAGUUUUUUUGAAGAUUCAUUUUGGCUUAGGUUGUACAGUUGUACCAGUACCGGUAUAGUUUAUCAAAAUACAGAAAAUAAUAUUCUUAUUCCUGUAUUCAUUACAGUGUCUAAUAAUCGAUAAUUUAUCCAUAAAGCAGUAAAGUAAUGGCUAGGUCAGCGAAUUUUGUCAAUAGCGAAAAGCAGCUCCUUGUCCAGAUAAUUAGCGAACAUCCCCAAGUGGAGUCAAAAAGAACGGACAAGGUGUCAGUUGUGCAAAAGAAUUUGGCUUGGAAGCAAAUCGAAGCCAAAUUCAAUGCAACUGGCACCUUGUGUCGCCGAACUGAAAAAAAUCUGAAGGAUGCGUGGAAAAACAUCAAAAACAAAGCAAAGCAAGACAAUGCCCAACGCAAACGCCAUUUGAGGCAGACAGGAGGUGGGCCUGGUGUACCCACCGAUGAACUCAGCGAGAAAGUUGAGGCUCUCAUUCCUAGACAAAUAAAUUGCCUUGCGAACAACUUCGAUGAUGACAAUCAAAUUGAAAGCUCGCUCGAAGAACAAACAUACACACUUGUUUCAGUAGCUGAGGAAUCUUCAUCUUUCUCAGAUGGUAACGAAUCAGCAGUUUUGCAGACAUUGAGUACAGAUAGACAGUGUAGCAGCACAAUGGAUGAUUUGAGAAGAAGGGUGUUGACAGAGAAGUUGGAGGCAAUGGCGGAGGAGAGGAAAAUGAGAAGGGAAGAGCAUGAUAUAAAAAUGGAGUAUUACCGUAAAAAAAUAGCUAAGUUAGAAUGAAGGAUUUUAUUGUUUUAUUUGUUUUUGUUGCAAAAUGGUUAAUUAAAACAAGAUUGAUACAAGAUUGUUAAUUAUUUUGGUGGAUGUACUGAGAUAUAUGUUUUCCC